AUGGAGCAAUUACAGACUAAUGAGAUUAGUCAUAACUCAUCCAAUGGCAUGACAGCUAUGCUGGGUCCCACCCAGACUGAGGUAUAUAAAAGGCCCUGUGCAGGGUCACUGGGCAGACUGAAGUCACUCACUCUCCUCCUCUACCCAAGGACAACCUCAACAACCAGCACCAUGUGUGGCUACUACGGAAACUACUAUGGAGGCCGUGGCUAUGGAUGCUGUGGCUAUGGUGGCCUGGGCUAUGGCUAUGGAGGCCGUGGCUAUGGAUGCUGUGGCUAUGGCGGCCUUGGCUGUGGCUAUGGAGGCCGUGGCUAUGGAUGCUGUGGCUAUGGCGGCCUGGGCUAUGGCUAUGGAGGCCUGGGCUGUGGCUAUGGCUCCUGCUAUGGCUCUGGCUACCGUGGUCUGGGCUGUGGCUACGGCUGUGGUUAUGGCUAUGGAUGCGGUUCUGGCUUUGGCUACUAUUGA